AUGGAAGAAAAGACGCGCGAGGAAACGCGAGUCGGGCGCUUGCGCAUUAAACCAUCCGUGCUGGGAUACGGCUCGUGCGGUACGAUCGUGUUCGAAGGCGAGCUGGAUGGACGGCGCGUCGCGGUGAAGCGCUUGCUGGCGCAGUUUCACGAACUUGCGCGCAAGGAGCUUCAGGCUCUCAUCGCCUCAGACGAGCACCCGAAUAUUUUGAGAUGCUUUGCGCUCGAGGAAGACUCGAACUUCGUGUAUAUGGCGCUUGAGCUCUGCGCGUCAAUUCUACACGACGUCGUCGCGGGUUUGGCCGCACUCCACGGGCAAGGCAUCAUUCAUCGCGAUUUGAAACCACAAAACGUCUUGAUAACGUCGUCUGGACGAGGGAAAAUCGCCGACAUGGGACUCGCCAAGCGCGUGAACGUGUCCGAGGGAACGUCUUUUUACACGCACACGAACGGAAAUUUGAACGUCAACGACGCGGCGGGCACGUCGGGUUGGCAAGCCCCCGAGCGAUUGACGCAGGGGCGUCAAUCGCGCUCUGUCGACGUCUUCAGUCUCGGUUGCUUGAUGUACUACUGUCUCACGGGUGGUGCUCACCCGUUCGGUGAGAGGCUCCAGCGCGACGCCAAUGUCGUCGCAAACAGCUACGACGUGUCCAAGCUGAAGUAUUUCCCCGAAGCCGAGGCUUUGGUGAAGGCGUGCAUCGACGCCGAUCCAUCCAAACGACCGUCGGCGACGGAAAUCUUGGCGCACCCGAUGUGGUGGGACGCCGAGAAGAAGCUUCAGUUCCUUAUCGAUGCCUCGGACCGAGUCGAACUAGAAGAUCGCAUGAGCGAUCGAUCGUUGCUGCGCGCGUUCGAGACGCGCGCGAAGUCCUCGAUCGCGUGCGAUGACUGGACCAAAAAGCUCGACGCCGCGUUGCUCGAAAAUCUUGGGCGAUACCGCGAGUACGACGGAACUUCUCUGCGCGACUUGCUUCGAGUCAUACGCAACAAGGCGAAUCACUACCGUGAGCUUCCUCCCAAGCUCCAACGCACGCUUGGGUCGUAUCCAGACGGCUUGUGGCGAUACGUUUCCAUCCGAUUCCCCGCCCUGCUCCUCGGCGUGCGCGAUUUCUUCGCCCCCUCGGCGGCGCGAGAACCCACCCUCGCGAAGUAUUUCCUCAGCAUCGAUGCCGCGUCGAAAGCUUCAUUCGCUCCACCGCUGGCGCGCGCCGAGUCCAUCCCCGACAAGCCCUUAAUAGCCCCCCAAGUCUUCCCGAGCCGUCCCGGCCGCGAGCCGUGCGAAUUCUACAUGAAAACUGGCCGCUGCAAGUUCGGCGCCACGUGCAAGUUCGAUCAUCCUCAAGGCGUGCACUGGGACGUUCACAACGAACGAUGACACGACGACCGAUCCAUUUAUUUCCACGCGCUCAGCUCGCCGUGCGCGCGCU